GAGAAUUGCGAGUUGGAACGAAACUGUCCACCUUGCGGAUUCAUACAUCGAGAUGGCGACUGGAGGCGACGACUGGGACCCAUUCUGUGCUGGGGACACUGGACUCUCCAAAGAAUCGAGAGAAAGGAUCCAGAAGGUAGACAUGAAGAGAUUUUUUGAAGAGAAAAGCCUUGAGCCUUAUAUAUAUGUGUACUUUGAUGAGGACGACAUGGCAAAGGUCCAUGUGUUAGCUGUUGGAGAACGCUGCACACCGUACUAUGGAGGCUUCUUCUAUUUUGUUGUCCGAUUUCCACACAACUACCCUCAAGACCCCCCUAAAGUUAAGCUAAUGAAUACAGGGGGAGGCAGGGUUCGAUUUAACCCCAACAUCUACAUCAAUGGUAAAGUCUGCCAUCCCAUCCUAGGGACAUGGUCAGAAAAGUCAUGGAAGCCAGAGAAUCAGCUGUUUGAUGUGCUUUUAGAGAUACAAGCUAUGCUGAAUGAGAGACCAUUUGAAAAUGAGCCAGACCCUUUUCAUCCAGGAUUUCCUUUCCCAGAACUGCCUGGUAAUGACAUGAGUAAAUAUAAUGAUGUGAUUCGUCAUGAAACAUUGAGGGUAGCCGUGUGCGACAUGCUGGAGCCUGGUACUGUUGUCAUGCCAGAGGAGAUGAGAACCAAGAUUAAAGAUAUUUUCUUUGACAACUACAAAGAUUAUAUUGGCAUUUGUAAAAAGAACAACCACUUAAACGACAUCAAACUGGAUGAUCAUGAUCCAUUUGGACAUAUAACUGUCAAGAUGGGCUUAGCUGAUCAUGUAUGGAACUUCAAUUCCCAUCCAAGAGAUGGAAACUUUGACUACCACAGCAUACAAGAGCGCAUACAAAAAAUUAAGCAGGAAGUUGACAAAGAGAGAGAGAGAUCUGUAUUAAAUGACUGGCUACCCUAA